AACCAGGCAGGCAGGCAGUCCAGUAAUCCCAUUUCACGAAUUGAUUACCAUCAGUUACCAUUGAACUCUACAACUUUCCCCGGCCAUUUCAAGCAGAAAACGAAUAGAAUCAAGAAACAAUCCGCCCCACUACCUUCCCUCCUUUCAAGUUCCAGAAUCCUCUCUCUCUCUCUCUCUAUGCUAUGGCCUGUCUUCCCAAGCGCCGCCAUGGCAUCACACUGGCCAUUGCAGCAGCAAUGCUACUACUUGGCGCCGCGUCAGGAUUCCGCUACACCGUCGGGGACUCAAUCUGGUCCAUCCCGCCCACCUCCGACUUCUACUCCCACUGGUCCUCCGCCCACGCCUUCUACGUCGGAGACUCUCUCGCUUUCCAGUUCGCGACGGAGUUGUUCAACGUGGUACAAGUGCUGAGGCACGACUUCGAGGGCUGCAUCGCCAACGCUCCCUUGCAGGUCUUCACAAUCGGACCUGCCGUCGUCGAGCUAUCUCACACGGGCGUUUUCUACUACAUUUGUAAUGUGUCCAAUUACUGUGAUCUCGGCCUCAGAGUCGCCGUCGUCGUACACCAGAGGCCGCCCGCCGCUCCACCGCUAAUUAUACCAUCAUCCCCUGCACCUUUACCCCCUGCCACCACCGCACCACAUCCGCCAGCAUCGCCGCUGCCGCUGACGCCGGCUUCCCCUUCCCCGCCAAGAUUCUCACCGCCGCCGUCGCCUGUUCCGCAUCAUGCGCCCAUUUCUCAGCCAUCCCCAUAUCCAGGACUAGCGCCAGAACCAGCUGGGGACGUAGAGAACAACAGCUCGCUAUCUCCAGCGCCUGGAAAGGAGAUUACCAGUAAUUACUCAAAUGGAGCCGACAGGAUGGGAGAUCGGCAUGUAAUCGGGUUGUUGUUGGUUGGAAUCUUGAUUAAGUCAAUGUUUGUAGGCGAGUUACUACGACGUUCAGAUUUCUGAGCAAUUUUCGUAUUACGUUCCCAGUUUCCCUGUUUCAGUCUCUGCUUUCAGUUAUCCGAUUUGUGAAAGAAUUUUUCCAUGGAUAAGACUGAUUGAUCUCAAU